CGCUUCUUCUCGUCAGGGUUUAUACGCCUUUUCGUGGAAUGAUCCGGAGGUUCUAAGUACCUCUUCCGCAAGAGUCUUGGCUCCCCGUUGAGAGGAGCCAAAUGGGUAUUACGCUACACCCGUUAUAUAAUUGCGUCGGCGGCCGGGUCAUGUCAAUCCUUCAGCAUGGCCGCGCGCGCCAAUGGUCGUUCAAUCAUGAAGCUUCAACCGAUUUAACUUUUGCGCUUGGCACAAGUCUGCGUGAUGCAGGGUCCAGCGGCGGUGGUGUUAUUGCCCUCCGUUGUCACGUGGCAGUGCGGCUAUCUUUCACCGCGAACUCGCCAAUAACUCAUGUCUAUCAUGCUCAAUCUCAACUGCUGGGUACUUGGCGAUGAUGUUGGCCGAGUGUUCCGAGUGGAAAUUUCGAAUGCGGACAAUGUUUAUAAACUAAAGAAAGCCAUCAUGGAGAAGAAGAAGCCCGCACUCGAUCACAUUGGCGCACCCUCCCUCAGACUCUGGAAGGUUUCCAUCCCAGUCGACCACAGUUUCGAGGGGAAGGUUGAACUUGAAGACAAGCAGGCACUAUGGCCUGUGAAGAAAUUGUCCACUGUUUUCUCGGAUGAACCGGAUGAUCAAAACCUACACAUUGUCGUUCAGCUUCCGCAUGAUGAUCCUCCUAUCUUCGAACUGUGGUGUAUCAUGCGUGGCGAUGACGUUAACCGCAUGUUUCCGGUCGAAAUUGCGAGUGACAAGUCUGUUGCCAACCUCAAGGAUGCUAUCAAGGAGGAGAAAAAGCCCGCACUCGAUCACAUUGACGCAGACCAGCUCGCACUCUGGAUGGUUUCCAUCCCAUACGACGGCAAUGUCAAGGAGAAUGUGAAGAACGCGGAACUUGAAGAUGAGAAAAAGCUAUUCCCUCUGCAAAGAUUGUCGGACAUUUUCUCGCCUCCACCUCUGAGGAAACAUCUACACAUUAUUGCUCAACCUCCACUUACUACGAUAGCCCUAGCCCCUGGCAAGCGACCUUGUCUUUCUGAUGAUGUCGACCUUGCGCUGGAAUCCAAACUCGCCAAAACUGCCCCUUCGUUAAUAGGCAAGCAGGUCGAGUACAUGUCAUUGCAAAGAGAGUCGAAUCAAAGGAUCUUGGAUGACCGUCCUAUGCCAGAUUCAGUUCCCCCAAUUUCCCUCUUGUACCACGGCUUUGGUCGCUUCCAGGACAUCUUCAAUCAUUAUCCAGAUCGCCUGGAUAUGGAGCGACAGAACCUCGAACUGGCUGUUGAUUCUUUCGCGCAGAAUAUGACCCAAUUCUAUCAUCAUGAGACGAAGAGGAUGGGGAAGGGCCUGUUUGCUUUGAACGAAAUUCUCUCUCUUCGCGAUCACCCUGGGCUUGACUUUGGUGAUUCCUGCACAAGCGGUCACUAUGAUGGACCGCAUGGAGCAGCAUCUUGCAUUGUUGAGUUCAGAAAUGAGCUCUGUGACAUUGCUUUGAUGCCUACAGUUACGCUUGCCUCUCGUAUCGCACAUUCGCAUAAGGAUGCAAUGAACCGUCCCAGCGGGCCAGCAUUAUUUAAAGGUUGGAGGGUCCCAUGCCUUGGUCUAACUGUUAUUGGCCCAUAUAUUACCUUCUAUGCCAUAAUUUUCCUCGGUCAGUGGCACAUUGUCAGUCUGACCCCCACGCUAUCAUGCAUUCCGUCUGCAUGUGAAGGUCGUGACCAGAAGGCACUCUAUGCUGCCUUUUCUGCUGCAUUGGACCUAUUGAGUUGCAUAGACUCGGAUGCGAAACGCUUGAUGCACACUCGGCCCAAGCUCGAACAUGGUUACUACAAACUCCCAUAUGUUUCAGAGCUACCCAGGUAUGAAAAGAGUGGGAAAAUCCGUUUCCGGAUUCUCGGGCUUCAUCCAGAUGUACAUGAUAUUCGUCAUCUGUACAUUGCUGAAACCACAACUUUCAGCAAGGAGCAAAUCAUUGUGAAAUUUGCGCGUCGGUACUCAAUUGCACUGCAUGCUCUGUGUGCAAAAGAAGGGCAUGCACCGGAAAUUCUCGGCUAUGAGCCACUACCGGGAGGUUGGUUCGCCAUUGCCAUGGAGUAUAUCACCCCCACUGUACACCCCGGUGAUUCUGACAACCUGGCGGAUCACUGCCAGAAGUGGGUGAAUGAAUUGCGCAAACUCAUGCAAUCUUUUCAUUCCGCCGGCUUUGUUCAUGGGGACCUCCGUGAACCAAACAUCCUUUGCAGUGGAGACCGGGUGAUGUUGAUCGAUUUUGAUUGGGGUGGGAAAGUCGGGGAGGUGUAUUAUCCAUCUGCGCAGCUCUGUCCUGAGCUCAUGGAUGAGCGAGAGGGGACUGAUCCGAGAAUCUUGCAGGCUGAUGAUGUCCGGGUUUUAGGAAAUACUCUCCGAACAAUUGAAGAAAAGGCACGUCGCUCUUCUAGGCACUCCCAUUCAUGAGGAAAACUUUCAUCGCGAGCUGGUUGCUGUUGAACCCUGGACUACAGGGCCUCACUCGACAAUUUACGUACCCGCUCUUUCCAAUCUCGAACCCUCAUUCUUGGUCAGUGCAAGGUCGAGACAUCGGUUCGAGAACACUGGAGCAAGCUGAUUUCGGUUUGCAAUCGUUCAUGCGCGGUUUCCUGGCCCAACUGUUCCCUCAUGAUCGUAACUUACGGUUCUAAUAUCGCGAAUACUCGCUUUGUCUGAAAUAUCGU